AUGGCCAAAAGGAGACGCGCCGCCAACGCCUCGGCAUCCAGUAAGGUCGUUUGCCCGCGACUACAAUUGCUGUUGUACUCUCUGCCCUCCGUCGUCUACGUCCCUGCCUUCGCAAUGCUGCAGACGCCAAAAAUAGACAGAAAGGCGUGCCCCAGUGGCAUCGAAAUCCGAGAAAGUGUCAGCCCAUACGCCCUCCGGCGGCCGCCGCGCGCUCCUGCCAUGACAUACCUGUGCACUGCUCCUGUGACUCGUUUGAUGAGAAAGAACAGAAAAAGGAAGGCAGCUGUGUACGACGACCGUACCCCGUACCUGCCUCCUCUCUUGCCCCCAUCGUUUUCUCUUGCCUUGUUUGUCUCACGCUUCAUUCCAACGGCCGCUUUCACACCCUGGUCCACCCGUCCCGGGAACUUCCCAAAUACAGUGGCCUCAGUGCUCGUACUCACGCUAGUGCGGCUGGCGCUACUUUUCUUGUUGGACGGAACCUCCCACUUUUCCUUCUCACACCGCUUGCUCGACGCUCACACUCCUCUGACUAACACGCGUGCCGCUUUCGUCUUGUCAGAAAACGUGACACCCGCCUUGUCGUCCACCGUUGACGAUAUCAACGCCGCAGCCAAUCUUUCGGAUCCACAGAGACACGUCGACGCAGCCUAUGCAAACAGCGGCGCAAACGCGCAGACAGCCGUCAAGCUCGAGCACGACCUCCAGCCAGCAGACGACGGUUUUAUCGACAGCAACAGCAGCUUUGCGCACACCGCGUCUACUGCGUUGCUAGCUGCACAUCACGCCGACGUCAACACCGACGUCAACACCAACGUCAACACCAACAUCUACGGCGCCGCGCUGGGCUCGUCUGACCCUGACGCCCACAUCGAUCCUGACUUGAGGCCGCCGUUGUCUCCGUAUUCUUUGUCGCGCGCCUUGUAUCCUACCGCCACAAUGUCGGCCGCCCCUCAGUCUGCCGCGCCCGCUGCUCCGGUCGCAUCGCCGCAGCAAGCGCCUGCGCCCAUUCCGCAGCAACAGCAGCCGUCAUCUCACACAGCCCCGGUGCCUUUGGCGCCGCAACAGUCUCUGUCACCCGCCGGCUCCCAGGAGCACACCGAAGUCAUUACGGACGGCCGCAAGGGCCCCCGGCGCGAGCUGUCCACCAGCAAGCGCGCUGCGCAAAACCGCGCCGCUCAAAGGGCCUUCCGCCAGCGUAAAGAGGGCUACAUCAAGAAGCUCGAGCAGCAGGUGCAGGACUUUGGCGAAAUGGAAACCCAGUUCAAGAUUAUCCAAUCGGAAAACUACGCCCUGCGGGAGUAUAUCAUCCACCUACAGUCGCGCCUCUUGGACGCCAAGGCUGAGCUGCCCCAACCGCCUGCGAACCUGAACCUCGCCGGGCCCGGCAUGCCACCUAUCCUGGGCAUCGGUCCGUCGCCGGCCCUUGCUGCGCAGCAGCAGCAGCAGCAGCAGCACGAGCAGCAGGCACAGAUCCAGCGCCAACAACAGCUGCACCUGCAACAACAGCAGCCACUGGCGCAGCAGGAGCCGCCAUCACAAUACCCGGAUCCGCCGCAGCCCCAGCAGCAACAGCAGGUGCGCGCGCCGUCACCAGCUGCACACCCUGCCGCCACGCCCACUGCGGCACAGGCUGUCGCUGCGGCUGCUGCGGCCGCUGCUGCUGCGGCCGACACCUCAUCGCGCGAAGCCAACACCGUCGCUGGCUCAGACUCCAAAAACGACUCGUCCCUUGCGCGCGUGGCCCAGGCUGUCGCCCAGCUCGGCAACAACGGCAACACCCCGGCCACCGCCAUGGAUACCAGCCGCGACGACCCUGCUAACGGCAUCAAGGCCGACAACAACACCAACGGCAACGGCAACGGCAACGGCAACGACGCCGGCGAGCCCAUGGACACGUCCGAGGAGGCUAUCAGCCAGAAGCUGCAGAAGCUGUCGGAGCCUGUCUUGUCCAUGUAA